ACGCGGGGCGGACACAGGAGCUCCUCUAGAAUAAAUUACCGCCCCAUCAUCUUCAUGCAUAAAACAUGGCACAGGAGGCCGGGAGAGGCUCGGCCCCGCGGCCCGGCAGCCGCCUUCGGGCCAGCGGGGAGCGAAGGGAAGGAAAGGAAAAAGCAAGUUAGAAGAUAAAGAAGUCAACGGAAGCCUCAGAUCCAAAAAGGAGAAGACGGUUUGUGUUUGGGGUGCUUUUUUUUUUUUCUUUGAUACAAGUGGACUUGGCUUCCGUAUCCCCCGGCGCCCUUUUGCUCCCUGCCAUGAGAAGGUUGUAGAAGACUCAGGCCGGGACCAUGGUGCUACCUUCACGAUUACACUGGGUCAGAAGCAGGCCAUGGAGGGACAGGAUCCGGAGAAGGCAGCUCAACCGACUACCAGCCAGACUCCCAGAAAUCAUGUUGGUAGGGUCCCAGUCCUUCUCACCUGGGGGACCCAAUGGGAUCAUCAGAAGCCAGUCCUUUGCGGGGUUCAGCGGCCUUCAGGAGAGGCGAUCCAGAUGUAACUCCUUUAUCGAAAAUCCCUCCGCUCUCAAGAAGCCUCAGGCCAAACUGAAGAAAAUGCACAAUUUAGGACACAAAAACAAUAACCCUCCCAAAGAGCCUCAGCCUAAGAGGGUAGAAGAGGUCGUCAGAGCCUUGAAAAAUGGACUUGACGAGUAUCUGGAGGUUCACCAGACGGAGUUGGACAAGUUGACAGCUCAGUUAAAAGAUAUGAGAAGGAACUCUCGCCUGGGUGUCCUGUAUGACCUAGACAAGCAAAUUAAAACGAUUGAAAGAUACAUGAGACGCCUGGAGUUUCACAUCAGUAAGGUGGACGAACUCUACGAAGCUUACUGUAUCCAAAGACGCCUCCAAGACGGUGCCAGCAAAAUGAAGCAAGCCUUCGCAGCCUCCCCGGCCAGCAGAGCUGCCCGGGAGAGUCUGUCCGAGAUCAGUCGCAGCUACAGGGAGUACACAGAGAACAUGUGUGCCAUUGAAGCAGAGCUGGAGAAUCUGCUGGGGGAGUUCUCCAUCAAGAUGAAAGGUCUGGCUGGUUUUGCUCGCCUCUGUCCUGGAGAUCAGUAUGAAAUUUUCAUGAAGUACGGCCGACAGAGGUGGAAACUGAAAGGCAGAAUAGAAGCCAACGGCAAGCAGAGCUGGGACGGAGAGGAGGUCGUGUUCCUGCCCCUGAUCGUCGGGUUCAUUUCCAUCAAGGUUCAGUAUCGUCAUUGUCAUAUCCUGGUGCACGGAUGGGUGACCCCGUCGGUGGGGACCUUUGUUCGUGACUUCCGCCCGCGGGCCCUCCACCUUGCAGACUCCCCUCUGCACCCCGAGUCCGCCGUGAAGACCGUGGCUCUCGCCCAGAGCGGGCCAAGCAGAACAGGGGAAAGUGUCCCUGGCCUUUGUCCGGCACCCCCCUCCCCCACCGACGUAAGGCCGUCCCUGUCCCUCUCUCACCAGGUCACGGAACUCAAAGGGCUCGCAACUCACCUCCUGGUCGGCAGUGUGACCUGCGAGACCAAAGAGCUGUUUGCCGCCCGACCUCAGGUGGUGGCGGUUGACAUCAAUGACCUUGGCACCAUCAAACUGAGCCUGGAGAUCACCUGGUACCCCUUUGACGUGGAGGACAUGGCCCCGUCCUCGGGCGCCGGGAGCAAGGCCGCAGCCCUGCAGAGGAGAAUGUCCAUGUACAGCCAGGGGACCCCGGAGACGCCCACCCUGAAGGACCACUCCUUUUUCUCUAAUCUACCCGAUGACGUCUUUGAAAAUGGCAAGGCCGCUGAGGAGAAAACGCCACUGUCUCUCAGCUUCGGUGACCUGCCCAACGAGGACUGUGCCCUCACCCCGGACCCAGCGGGCUCUCUCUCCAGCGCAGGUGCGGCAAACCCCGAAAUCACCAUCACCCCCGCAGAGCUGAGCCCCAGCAGCCCGUCCUCCCACAACGAGGGCACGGAAGACUCCGCCUCGGCAUCUUCCAGAAACUCCUCACGAGAGGGCCGGGAGGCCAAGCCGCCCCCGGAGGAGCCCCCAGCCGGGCCCAGGAGCCCCCCGGAGCGCCGAGCGGCGGCAGGUGCCGGGCCGGAGCGCCUGUUCCUGGAGAAGGAGGUGGCCGAGGCGCUCCUGCGGGAGUCCGACGAGGCGUCCGAGCUCAAGCCGGUCGAACUGGACACUUUUGAAGGAAACCUCACGAAGCAGCUGGUGAAGAGGCUGACCUCGGCCGAGGCGCCCGCGGCCGCGGACAGGCUGCUCUCCGAGGGCUCGGUCAGCGGAGAAUCCGAAGGCUGUCGAUCCUUCCUGGACGGAAGCUUGGAGGACGCCUUCAGCGGGCUUUUCCUUGCGCUGGAGCCCCACAAGGAGCAGUAUAAGGAGUUUCAGGAUCUGAACCAAGAAGUCAAGCAUUUGGAUGAUAUUCUAAAAUGUAAGCCAGCCGGAAACCGCAGCCGGUCUUCCAGUUUAAGUCUUACAGUCGAAAGUGCUUUAGAAAGCUUUGAUUUCCUGAACACCUCUGAUUUUGACGAGGAGGAGGAUGGUGAUGAGGUUUGUACUGUUGGAGGAGGCACGGACUCGGUAUUUUCAGACACUGAGACGGAGAAAAGUAGCCCUUACAGGUCGGUACACCCAGAGGCCAGGGGGCACCUGAGCGAGGCGCUGACAGAAGACACAGGAGUCGGGACCAGUGUGGCCGGAAGCCCCCUCCCCCUGACCACAGGAAAUGAGAGCCUGGACAUCACCAUUGUCAGGCACCUUCAGUAUUGCACCCAACUCGUUCAGCAAAUUGUUUUCUCAAGCAAAACCCCAUUUGUGGCGAGCAACCUCUUGGAGAAGCUUUCUCGGCAAGUCCAGGUGAUGGAGAAACUGUCAGCCGUCAGCGAUGAGAACAUAGGGAACAUCAGUUCUGUCAUUGAAGCCAUCCCAGAAUUUCACAAAAAGCUGUCUUUGCUGUCAUUCUGGACGAGGUGCUGCAGCCCGGUGGGGGUCUACCACAGCUCGGCUGACAGAGUGAUGAAGCAGCUGGAAGCCAGCUUUGCCAGAACCGUCAACAGAGAAUAUCCAGGCCUCGCAGACCCAGUGUUUCGAACCCUGGUGUCCCAAAUCCUGGACCAGGCUGAGCCUCUGCUCCCCUCCAGCCUCUCUUCGGAGGUCAUCACCGUUUUCCAAUAUUACGGUUACUUCACCAGCCACGGCGUGAGCGACCUAGAGAGCUACUUGAACCAGCUGGCCAAGCAAGUUUCCUUGAUUCAGACCCUGCAGUCGCUGAGAGAUGAGAAACUGCUCCAGGCCAUGAGUGACCUUGCACCCGGCAGCCUCUCGGCCCAGCAGGAAGUACUCGGGACCCUGGCUGUGCUGCUGACUGGCGAUGACCAGGAAGCCCGUGAGGCUGUGAUGCUGUACUUGACCGCAGCCUCCAGAAACGAGCACUUCAGGGAAAAGGCCUUGCUGUAUUACUGUGAGGCACUGACAAAGGCAAACCCCCAGCUCCAGAAGGCAGCCUGCUUGGCCCUGAAAAGCUUGCAGGCCACCGAAAGCAUUAAGAUGCUGGUGACUUUGUGUCAGUGCGACACCGAGGAAAUCAGAAACGUGGCCUCGGAGACCCUCUUGUCUCUCGGAGAAGAUGGGCGGCUGGCGUACGAACAGCUGGACAAAUUUCCUCGAGACCGUGUUAACGCCGGAGGGCGUCAUGGGGCUGAAGUUGCCACGGCCUUUUAAUGAGCUCUGCCCAACAGCCAUCUUAAUAAAUGGCCCUGUUCAUCAAGAUGGUGCUGGGAUUUAGCGGGCGUGUUUAAACCUUGAAGAGUUCUGCUGAGGUUGUCUGGAAAUUUAACACGUCACAGAUAGAAGUCAAAGUCGAGCGUCAUAGUACCUAUCUACUUUUCCCUUGGCCGAUAGAAUAGGGCCAAUAUGACUCCGUAGAUGACGGUGUCGAUUGCGUCUGACGAUACUUGGUAGAAACGUCCAUCUUAUCUCGUAUGUAUGGAAUUUUAAAACAGCCAUCUUUGUACUUUUUUGGAAGUUCUUCUCUAAGCCUAAAAUCGUCACAUGAUACUUUGAUGACUAUCACACGCCUUGCGGUGUCUCCCCGUCGUGUCCUGAGGGUUGAGGGGCCCCACCAGCUACCUAAUUUUACCUUAAAUGCAAAGCACAAAAAAGAAUUUCUUCGAAUAACAGUUUGCCCGCGGAACUCGGUAAAAUGACACAUUGUAAGAGUUUAAAAUUUUUUUUAACUUCAUUUUUUUUCAAGCCUCCAUUAUUUCUUUUGUUUCUUUUCUCCAUCCUGACCAUUUCCAAAGCAUGUUUCCGUGAUGGAUAAAAGACAGGUUGAUGUCUAAGAUGAUACCCGUACUCCUUAAAAAAAGACAUUCGAAGUUGAAGCUUUUUUGAACACGAGCCAUUUUUUUUUUUAUGAUACUUUUACAACAGAGGUAUUUUGCUGCUAAGACAAAUCAAAACAAAAACUCAUGGAAUCAGAAAGCUGUGAUGCUCUUUGGGGUCGUAGAACUGGGCACUUGGAGGAAUCUUAAUGGGGCGGGAGCAGAAGGAGAUUCACAAGUGGUCCUUGCUUCUACAGGAAUUACCAGGAGAUUAGGAGGAAGAAUGUCCCAAGGGACGAGGGACGAGGGACAGUUACUGCCCCAGAGAAAUCACUCGUCACUGGGUGGGAUCUCUUGGCCAAAUAGUUAAAACAACAGCUCCCCUCACUGUUUCUGUAUCAGGGGAGCAAUUCCACUAAAUAAAGUACAAGACCACUAGAUAGCUCGUACUAACUUUCCUUCCUCUUAAGAGUAUACACGGUGGGAUAUGCCAAGAUAUCAAAAUAAAAUAUGUGAGUGUGAUUUCAACCGUGGAAUAUCAACUGUAUUCUGGAUGUGUUCGUAUCAAAUAUUUAGGUGUCGUUUUAAAUAUUUACAUUUUAGCAAGACCUUUAAGAACAACUCUUAAUCCAUUUUAAAGUAAGAAUUGUUUGCCAGACUUCCUGGAGAAUAGUUCUUUCAACUGUGAAGUUAUAAUGUGUAUAUAUAUUUGUAUAUUUAUAAAUAUUAUAUAUAUGCAUAUAUCCUUCAUUUUAAAGGUACAUUGUACAGUCUGUAGUUUAGCAUGUAUAGUCUGUAGCCUAUGGUCUCUGUUAGAUGGUUGAUUCUUUUUGUAGAAAGUCAAAUCACAAAUGUUACAGAGUUUUUUGUUAGUUUUGUUUUCGUUUUCUAAUUUUUUGAAUAUUGCAUGAGUAAUUACGUACUUUUGUAUUCAUUUCUGCAUUUUAUUUUCACUCAGAGGGGGUGCCUUUAGUCUCGUGGCAUUUGUAUCCAUCACUCUUUCAAUCAUGGAAGUUAAAAUAAAAAUUAUUUUUGAAUUGUUA